UCGUUCCUCCUCUUCUCGGCGUUAAGUGAAGUUAAAGGGUGAAGAGAGAAGGGACCGUCCUUCGAGCCGCAUGUGCUGCGCUCGUGACAAGGAUGUUUUAACUGGUGUCGCUUCUAAUUUGCAAGCUAGUGACAAGAAGUUUGAAAUCGCUUCAAACAUGCAGUCUGUUGACGAAAAAUCGGGUAUAAGCUAUGAAGAUGAGGAAGACGAGAUGGAACGUGAUCUAGCAGAAGACGCAGUAUGGAAACGGAUUCAACAGAACACUUUUACGAGAUGGGCUAAUGAACACUUAAAGAGUAUAAACAAAGUUAUUAACAACUUGGAAACGGACUUGUCUGAUGGUCUAAAGCUGAUCGGCUUAAUUGAAGUACUUUCUGGAAAAAAGUUGCCUAGGCACAACAAGAAAACAUGUUUUCGAUCUCAAAAACUGGAAAACGUUUCUGUUGCGUUGAAAUUUUUGGAAGAAGAUGAAGGAAUAAAAAUUGUUAACAUUGAUAGUACUGAUAUUGUGGAUUGCAAAUUGAAGCUAAUUCUUGGAUUGAUAUGGACACUUAUUCUCCACUAUUCCAUCUCGAUGCCGAUGUGGGAAGGUGAGGAUGCAGACCUUGUUCUUGGGUCGAAAGGAGGUCCAUCUCCAAAACAAAGACUUCUUGGAUGGAUCCAGAGUAAAGUUCCUGACAUUCCUAUUAACAACUUUACUUCUGAUUGGAAUGAUGGCCGAGCCAUGGGUGCCUUGGUUGAUGCUGUUGCACCAGGUCUGUGUCCUGAUUGGCCAGAAUGGAGUCCCAACAAUGCUCUGCAAAAUGCAUCUGAGGCUAUGGGUCUAGCCAAUGACUGGCUCAAUGUGCCACAGUUGAUAAGACCAGAAGAGAUGGUGAAUCCAAAGGUUGACGAGUUGUCUAUGAUGACAUACUUGUCUCAGUAUCCGAAUGCCAAACUUCAGCCAGGGGCUCCUCUACAUCCUCGUGUUAACCCUAACCGAGUUCGCUGUUAUGGUCCAGGUAUUGAACCUGCUGGUGUUGUGUGUGGUGCUCCUACCAGUUUUACUGUCGAGACUUUCAGUGCAGGCAAGGGCGAUGUCCAAGUUUUUAUUGAGAACCCUAUAGGACAUUUAGAACCAGUGGAAGUAACAUUCAAUAAUGACCGAAGCAGAACUUACACUGUUACAUAUACUGCAAAGAUGGAAGGACUACACAAGGUAAAAGUGUUAUUUACUGGAAAAGAAGUUCCCAAGAGUCCUUACAUUGUGAAGGUAGAGGGCACUGCUGGUGAUUUUAAGAAAGUUACAGCUAGUGGCCCUGGCUUGGAUCCAACUGGAGUCAUGGUUGGCCGACCUACAUACUUUGACGUGUUUACAAAAGAUGCUGGCAAAGGUCAGGUAGAAGUAAUCAUUUUAGAUCAACUGGGUAAUCGUAACACUACCCUGUACAGGCUAGUGAAGAUAUCAGAAUAUGUUUAUCGGUGUGAAUAUGUGGCUCAAAAUAUUGGAGUCCACUCUAUUAAUGUCUUCUUUGCUGGACAACAGAUUCCUAAAAGUCCAUUUGGAGUAAGGGUUUCUCCUGUUGCUGAUUCUCGAAGAAUACGUGCUUAUGGGAGAGGUCUCCAAUCAAAUGGAGUUCGAGUCAAAGAACUUGCAGACUUUAAAGUAUCCACAGCAGACACGGGUGAGGGAGACCUAGACGUUAAGGUCAUUGGACCUGGGGGUGUUAAAGAAAAGAUUGAGGUUAAAAAGGUAGAUGAAACUACAUAUGAGUGCAUCUACAAACCAAUGAAGGAAGGGCGUUACAUUAUCACCAUUUCAUAUGGUGGACAAGAAAUUCCUCGUAGUCCAUUUGAAGUGAAUGUUGGUCCUCAUAAAGAAUCCAAGAUUCGAGCUUAUGGUCCAGGACUGAAAGGAGGUGUUGUAGGUUUACCAGCAAUCUUCACGGUAGAGACCAAUGGAGAAACUGGAUCUCUAGGUUUUGCAAUUGAAGGGCCAUGUCAGGCUAAAAUAGACUGCCAGGAUAAUGGUGAUGGCUCAGCAGACAUAUGUUAUUUACCAACAGCACCAGGGCAGUAUGCUGUUCACAUUCUUUGUGAUAAUGAAGAUAUUCCUAAAUCUCCAUACAUUGCAGAGAUUCUUCCAAAAGCUGAUUUUUUCCCAGAAAGGGUUAAAGCUUAUGGCCCAGGUCUUGAGAAGAAUGGUGUAAUCCAAGGACAGUGUACAGACUUUACCAUUGAUGCACGUAAAGCUGGAAAUCCAUCAUCUUUAGAUGUGUCUGUAAUGGAUGAAAACUACAAAUCUGUAGAUGUAAAAAUACAAGACAAUAAAGAUGGGACAUACAAAUGUACUUAUUGUCCUACUUCAAAAAACAAACAUACCGUACAAGUUAAUUUUGCAGGAUCAGCAAUUUCCAACAGUCCUUUCAGGGUAUAUGUAUCAGAACCUACUGAUUCUUCUAAAGUAAAAGUUUUUGGCCCAGGAGUUGAAAAAGGAGUCAAAGCACAGAUCCCUACUCACUUCAACGUGGAUGCCCAAGGUUGUGGUAAAGGAGAUCUCCAAAUCUUAUUGACUGAUGAGAAAGGUAAACAAGUUCCAGUUCAGAUCCAAGAUAAUGAAGAUGAAACGUACACUGUAGAUUAUGUAUCUCCUACUCCUGGUACUUACAAGGUUACUGUUAUGUUUGCUGGAGAGGAGAUCCCAAAUAGUCCAAUUAAAGUUAACAUACAACCACGAGUGGAUGUCAGCAAGAUCAAGGUGGAUGGAUUAGAGUCAACGGCUCCAAUCAACUCCCUGCAGCAGUUCAGAGUAAUCACCCAAGGAGCUGGUGGCCAGCAUGCAGACUUCUCCAUCACCAUUACAAGUCCAUCGGGAAGAAAGACGAAAGCUCACAUCAUUCCAACAGCUGAAGGUUUCCUUGUCAACUUCAUGCCCACUGAGUUAGGGGAGUAUCUUCUAGCCAUUGCUUUCUGUGGUGCUCCUGUCUCCACUGUUCCUUACAGGAUGAUGGUGAAACCAGAUGCAGACUUCAAUUUAGUUCGAGUUUAUGGCCCUGGACUGACUGGUGGUAUUAAGAACAGACCUGCAGAGUUUGUGAUUGAUACAAGAGAAGCUGGCCAAGGUAACCUAGGAGUGACAGUAGAGGGACCAUGUGAAGCUGCGAUUAAUUGCCGUGACAAUGGAGAUGGAACUUGCUCUGUGGCUUAUUUUCCUACUGAAGUUGGACAUUAUACUGUAAAUAUCACUUUCAAUGGUCAUCAUGUUCCUGGAUCACCCUUUGAUACCUUCAUUAUAUCAGAUGUGGAGGUACGAGAUAUUCGAGUGAGAGGCAUAGGAAUACAACCUCAGGGAGUAUUUUUGAACUCAUUGACGGACUUCACUGUUGAUGCACGAGCCAUCUCCAAGCGCAGUGAUGCCAAAAUUGAUUGCACAAUAACCAACCCUUCUGGUGCCCGUACUGGAUCCUGUGGUCAAGAGUAUGGAUGAUGGAACAUAUAAAAUAUCAUAUACACCAUUUGAAGAAGGACAACAUAAGAUUGAUAUCAGUUAUGAUGGGGUACCUGUUCCUGGUAGUCCUUUCAAAGUUAAUGUUACAAAAGGUUGUGACCCACGAAAGUGCCGAGCUUAUGGGCCUGGGCUGGAACAUGGAGUUGUUAACC